AUGGCACACGUCGACCAGGACCAAAUAGAAGGCAUCUACCAGCCCAAGGAUGCCGUGGGCGCCGCCAUCAAAGCGACCGGCGUCACCUCCCUCGCCGGCCUGUUCGUCUCGACCAUUCAGAACACCUUGACCAAGCAGAAUGUCGGCGCAUUCAGUGUGUUCACGAGGACUGGAGGGACAAUCGCUGUAUUCGCGGCCAUGGGUGGCUCAUACGAGUUCUUCAAAUGCGCCUCCGCCAAUCUACGAGAAAAGGACGACGCCUACAACUCCUCCAUCGGCGGAUUCGUAGCUGGCUCAAUGCUGGGGUUGCGAUUCCGAUCUGCCCCUUCAGUCCUCGGCUACGGCUCCGCGCUCGCGAUCAUCCUCGGCGCCUUCACAUACACUGGCGGCCACUUGAUGGGCUACAGCCGAGACCCCAACGUCGACGAAGUGUCGCGGAAAGAGUACCUGCGGAAGAACAGGCGGAGACCUAUCGAGGAGACGGUGCAUCAGCUUGGAGAGGGAAGAGGGGUGUCUGCGCCAGGGUAUGCGGAGAGGAGGGCAGAGAGGAUCAGGGAGGCGUAUGGAAUCGAUGUUACGAAGGCGCCGAUCAGCGGGGUCGGGCAGCCUGGGUCAAGAGAGGCUCAGGCGACGUCGUGA